UAACCAAAUCAAACGGUGCAGAAAAGAGUUGUGUCCAUGAUCGUUACGGCCGGUGACUUCACACACCAUUUUAUUUUAUAUAGUUUGAUAUUCUGAAAUCUGUUAAUGAAUGUAAAUUUUGAUCCAAACGUCAUGCCAUCACAUAGUUCUGAAUAAGUUAAAACCUAAUCUUAUAACCUAGUCUUAUAUUUAUCAAAAAGACAAUCAACUACAUAUACAUUAAUAUCUAUAAUUUUAAAUUCCAAAGGGAAAAUAACUAAUCUUGUUUAUUUCAUCUUUCCUUCUUGGCCUUUUUUAACCCUUUCUUUCUUCGUUUAACACUUGAAUUUAAUUUUUUUUUAUACUAGAAAAUGAUUUGUGAAAACACUAACUAAAAUAGUGAAAAUCAGAGAUAUGAGACUGACAGUAUAUUUUUUUUUUAAUUUAAUUGGCAAUGAAUAGAUAAUUAAUCUUUUCUUUCAGUAUAAUAUUGUGAAUAUUUAACUGUAAUAUAAACAUUCACCCGAGUACAGUAUAUUUUAAUAAGAAAAACCUAAGUUGAAGAAAAAUCAAUAAAACUAAAAUUUCACUAUCUAGUAAUUUUUAUUUAAUAUUCUAUUCAACUCUUAUAAAUUUGUUAUUCAUCAUCUACAUUUACUUUGUUAUGACUAUUAUAGUUGUUGUCAUUAUGAAACAUUAAUUUUCGUUGGAAUAACAAAAGAAAAAACAAAAUAAGAGGAAAAGUCUAUAGUCAACAAGAAGGAACCAUAAGGCACAAGCAAUGAUAUUCCUCCACAGCCUCUCCCCCCAUCGUCACUUUCGAACCAUUAGAGGCUUCUCUAUAAAUUAUUGAAGAUUAGAUCAAUUAUUUUAUUUUUUUUCUAAAAGAAAAGGCUUAACUGUAAAUAUAUAUUCCAUUCAUAGCGCUUGGAGCAUUUUAGACGCAAAGAAACACAUUAAAACCAAUAACUAAUAUUAGUUAAUUUUAUACAUUUAUAAAUUUAUUGUCUAAUAUUAAAGUAUUGAGAUGAGCUCACUUACUUUUUUUAUUUUCUUAAAAGCUUAUAUUUUUUUUUGUCACAAUCUUAAAAGCUUAUAUACACCAUGUUUCAUGGUCUUUGGUGCGUUUGCACAUUUAAAAAAAAGUUGAAAUUAGUGAAUGUGGUAUGUCAAUUUUAAUUUUGAACCAAAUGUUUCUACUUAACCAUUUAUACACUUGUCAAUCAAAUGAAAACUAUAUCCUUUUAAAAACAAAGAAAUAAAUCAAAUAAAAGUUUCCUUUUAAUUAAGUAAGUAAUUGAAAAUCUCCAAGUCAAGCAUACAUUAAAGUUUUUUUAAUUAUAAAAAAAUUAAUGGUAGUAUAAGAGUAGGAAGCUUAAACAUUAACUUAACUUUAUAAUACAAAAAAGAGCCAUUUUUUACAUACACAAAACUCUCCAUCUCUCUCUCUCUAGAGCCUCAUCACUUUCUAUCUCUCUUUCUCUUUUUUUUUCACAGCCAUUUGCUAGAUUCCUCUCUCUCUUUUAUUUUCUGUGCUGUUCUUGUUUUCCUCAAAGAGUUUUAUUUAUUUUUCUCGAAUUUUCUCAGACGCAGGUUUUUUAUUGGCUUCUUCUAUAGAAGAAAAGACUUUUCUGGGUUUUUUUUUGUCUUAGCAGUGAAGCUUCUCAAUAAUCUUAAAACUCAAAUCUCUCAAAGAGUCUAUAUUAAAUAACUUUUCUUGAAAAAGGAUGGGAAAGCAAGGGCCUUGCUAUCACUGUGGCGUCACAAGCACACCUCUAUGGAGAAACGGGCCACCAGAGAAGCCAGUACUGUGCAAUGCGUGUGGUUCCAGAUGGAGAACGAAAGGAUCAUUAGUAAACUACACUCCCCUUCAUUCUCGCGCUGAAGUUGAUGAUAUUAAUGAUCACAGACCUCCAAAGAUGAUGAUGAUGAACAAAAAGAUUCCCAAGAGGAGACCAUAUCAAGAAAACUUCACAGUCAAACGAACCAACUAUGAAUUCAACAACGGUUUCAAGAAGAGGACCUUAGACGAAUUAGAAGCUAGCAACAGGUCGAGCUCAGGGUCGGUUGUGUCCAACUCAGAGAGCUGUGAUCAAUCCAAUGCGUGGGAGACUACUUUUCCUUCUAAGAAGAGGACUUGUGUGGUGGGGCGUCCAAAGGCGGCUUCUUCAGUUGAGAAGCUCACAAAGGAUCUCUAUAGUAUCUUACAAGAACAACAGUCUUCUUGUCUCUCUGGUACUUCAGAGGAAGACUUGCUUUUUGAGAACGAGUCACCGAUGGUGAUAGGACAUGGGAGUGUUCUCUUGAGAGAUCCUCAUGAGGAAUCUGAAGCUAGCUCGCUCUUGGUUGAGAGCAGCAAGUCCUCAUCAAUGCAUUCUGCUGAGUUUGUGGUUAAUAAAAGCCAGAGAUCUCUAAAUUUUGGUUGCAGGACCAAACCUCAAGUCCUGGGAAGACAUAGUUUACCACUCUGUAACAUAGAUUUGAAGAAUGUUUUCAACUUUGAUGAGUUCAUAGAAAAGUUCACAAAGGAAGAACAGCAAAAGCUGAUGAAACUACUUCCUGGAGUUGACUCUGUUGAUCUUCCUGAAAGCCUCAGAAGCAUGUUUGAGUGUUCUCAGUUCAAAGAUAACUUCUCCUUGUUUCAGCAACUAGUUGCAGAUGGUGUCUUUCAGCCAUUAUCAUCAUCUUCUUCUUCCUCUGGAUCAAAACUUGAAGAGCUUAAGACUCUUGCAAAGCUUGCUUUAUCUGAUCCUAACAAAUCCCAUUUGUUGGAAAGCUAUCACAUGCUCAAGAGAAAAGGGAUUCAAGACUCUGUUACUAAAUCAUCAGAUAAUCAUAGUCUAGUAACCAUUGAAAGACCUUGUGAAAGCCUAAACCAAAACUUCUCAGAGACAAGGACUGUGAUGAAGAGCCCCAAAGAAAUGAUAAAGAUUAGAUCAAAACAAAUCCAAACCAAAGAGAUUAUAGAGAAUAGUGUCUCUUGCCUUAACCAUAUGAGCUAUGGUGGGUCUAUGGCAUAUAGCUAUGAAGAUAAUGAUAUUUCUGAUCAGGAUCUUCUUCUUGACGUGCCGUCAAAUGGAUCAUACCCUCAAGCAGAGCUUCUUCACAUGAUAUGAAAGAAGAGGAAGUUUCUCAGAACAAAGACUUACAAGACCUUUUCAAAGAUCUCUCUCUAUCUUAUCUCUAAUGAUUGAAGAGAAAACUAUUUUACUCUUUAUCUUCUUGGCUGAGAAAAUGUGGCCAAAUGAGAUUUUCCUGCAUUAGAAAUUUCAAUCUGCAGAUAUAUAUAUAUAAAAAGGAAGGAUAUUAUGUAAGUGGAUCUUUUUGGCGAUCUUAUUUGAUAUAUAUACUGUCUUCUUGUCCUUAUUACAAUAUUUUUAUGGAACUUUUAUUGUGCUCUUAUUAUGUAGAAGAUGAGUUUCAUGAGAACAUAUAAUUUGAUAAGAUCUUGAUACUAAAUGCUUUUCUAGAAGUAUUAGGAUAUGAUAUCAAGAUUCCGAGUAUUGAUGAUCAUGUUGCAGCUCCUAAACCAAAAGGAACUUGUUUCAAACAAGCAGAAGCGUUUAGAAACUCUGAUCACCAUAUGAUGCUACUCCUCGUGAGAAAGUGCUUGAGGUCUUGCAUCUUUUUAAGAUGUUUCCAACAAGCAUGGCGAGGUGGAUAUUUAUCUGAUGGUACAGCUAUAAUGGGCAUCAAAACACAAGCUAUGCUAGAGAAAAUGAGGAAACAAGUGAAGAGAAUGGGAUUGGUUCCUGGAAUCAACGUUGGCGACGAGUUACAAUACAAAACCUCUCCUUGUUGUGGGUCUUCAUUUCAAGACGAUGUACAUGAUUUUACUAUAUGAAAAAGGGAAAUGUUAAGCUUGCCACAAGCAUCAUUGCCACACAGUGAAAGGGUUACAAUGGUAAGGUUGAUGCUGAUGUUGUGGUUUUUACUGGUGAAGGAGGAAACGUGUUAAGCAAGGCAAACAAAACUGAAGAUCAGAAAUCUCUUUCUUUCUAUUGAAAAAAAAAACUGUUUUAUUCUUUAGGCAUUUCUGAGAAAUUUGAAAUUUGAAGCUGGGUUUAAUUUUUCUUUUUGCUUGGAGGCCCAAACUUUGCAGGGCCGGUUUUAAGAAAAUUAAAAAAACUUCGUCAAAAUUCAUUUGUAUUCACUAAUAAAGUAGUUAUAUAUAUGCUUUUUUUUAGAAAAAAAAAGCUUACUAUAUGCUAUUUUCCUUUAAGAUGUAAUGUGAAAACAACUUUUUUUAAUGCAUAACAUGUCAAUUUUUCAUAGUAAUUAUUUUAACUAUUUACAGCAAAAGUUUUUGUUUUCUAUGUUAUAUAGUACAAAUAGUUUUUUUCAAUAGACUACUAUUUGAUAGAACAUCAGUUGGUUAAUUUUCUAGAGUUCUGAUAUACAAAUAAAUAAAAAACAAGAGAGAAACAAUUUGUAUAUGUGUUAUAUAUACGCGUUCUUACAUAAAAGAUAAAAAUAUCGUUAUCAAUUUUUCUAAAGUAUAGUGUGAAAACAACUUUUCAGAUUUUUGUCAUCUUCUUAAUUCUUGAUAGAAACCUUUUUACAAA